AUGAACUAACUAACAACUCUCUAUAUCAGUGUUGCUAUACUCAUAACUAAGGCCAACAAUUUAAUUGAGGUAAGUUUGAUCCGUAGAAAUCAAUAAGAAUAAGGUGACAAUUCAUAGGCAAACAAAUGCUAACCGCAUUAGAUAAAGAUAGAUGAAAUUUGUUAGAGUAAGAGUAUUAUUUUUGAUUAGAUUGCCAUUUCAGUUGUGGAUAAUGUUUUGGUUUGGGACAGAACAAAUGCAUUUCUUGUAAUAGUGUUUCCAAUAGAAUAUUAUGGAAUGAUUAAUGUAUUUGCAAGACAUAAUACUAUGAAGAUGAACAACAAUCAGUUUGUUAAGGUAAAUUUAUAAAGGAAAAUUAGAAUGCCAUAAAUCAUGUUAAAGUUGUUUGGGAUCAACUGGCAACGACUGUUUAAGUUGCUAUGAUGAUUAUGAAUUACUUAAUGGAAACUGUGUAUGCAAGUUAGGUUACUUUUAUGAUUAUAACAAUAUGGAAUGCAGAUGUAUUAAAUUAAAUUAAAAAUGAGAAUGUCACUUUAGUUGCGAAAUUUGCAAUGACUCUCAAAAUAAUAAUUGUUUAAAAUGUCCAUUUGAUUCCUAAAGAGCAUUAAUAGACAAUAAAUGCAAAUGUCCAGAGGGUUACUAUGAAGUUGAAGGUAAUCCGAUUUGUAAAAGUAAGGAGUUAAAUUAUGAAAGAAUGCCAUGUUAAAUGUAAGACUUGUAAUGGAUAUGAGAAUUGCUUAAGUUGUUCAAGUGAAAAGUUACUAGUAAAUAAUGAGUGCGUUUGUUAACCGAAUUUCUUUUUAUAUAAAUCAAAUAUCAUUUAUACUUGCAAACGUAAUAAAUAUUAUUAAAUUUAGCUUGUAGUAAUGAAUGUUUAACCUGUUUUGGAUAAUUAGGGUUUGAAUGCCUAAGUUGUGUAGCACAAAGCAAUUUAUAGGCAAAUAACACUUGUUCAUGUAAUAUAGGUUAUUUUUUAAUAAAUGGUCAAUGUUAAAUCUGUAAUUCGAAUUGUCUGACUUGUGCCUAUAGUAGUACGCAUUGUUUGAGUUGUUAAACGAAUUACAUCGUAUAAACCAAUAAUAUUUGCUGUCACAACUCAAAUAUCUUGGUUAACAAUCAAUGUGGUUGUAUUAGUUCAAAAUACAUGGAUUCAAAUGGCAUUUGUUAAUGUAAUAAUUAAUACUAAUUUUUUGAGAAUGUGCAUCUGCAUGUUUAACUUGUAGCAGUACCUCUUGCACUGAAUGCUAAAAUAAGCUUUAUUAUGGACCAUCUUGUACCACAACCGCCUCAUUGCCCUAAUAUUGUUCAUCUUUUGAUAUCAAUGGAAUUUGUGCAUAAUGUUAAACUAAUUUUACUUAAAAUUCCGAAAAAGUUUGUUAAUGCAAUCUUCCUUAAUUUGUCCUAUCAGGAAGUUCUUGUAUAAGUAAGAAAUUAGCAAUAUCUAUUUAGGUUGUUAAUCAUUUAGAAGUAAUUGUUAAACCUGCGAUAAUUCAGGAUGUACACUUUGUAAUUCUCAAUAUUAUUUAUCAUCAGGAAAUUGCUAUCCAUGUCAUUAAAGUUGUAUGACUUGUCUCAAUAGUGAUGUUAAUUCUUGUUAUCUAUGCAAAAGUAAUACCUAUUAAAAUACAAGCGGCUCAAUAUUUGGUUGUUCAUGUAAUCAACAUUUCUACAUGGAUAACAAUUAUAAUUGUCUAUUAUGUGAUCCUACUUGUGAAUAAUGUUGGACAUCAAGCACUUCAUGUACAUCCUGCAACUUCAACACUUACAAGAGGGUUUACAGUAAUGGUAGUUGUGUUUGUGAUACUGGAUAUUCAGAUCUCGGAGCUGUCUAAUGUUAUAAACUUGGUUGUGGAUAUGGAUGUGCAGAUUGUGUAUCUGGAAUUUGCAAUUCCUGUAUGGGAAAUGAAACAUUCAGAAAGAAUGACCCUCUGACAAAUUGUCCUUGUUUGGAUGGCUAUUAUGAUAACAAUUCAAGAAUUUGUUAAUGUAUAAUUUAACUUACUGAUUUAGAAUGUCCAUUGAUAUGUUCUACAUGCUAACUUAAUACAACUCUUCAUAUCCCAGUAUGCAUAAAGUGCUAAGUUAAUAGAGAUCAAAAUAACUCCUGUAAAUGUGCAAAAGGGUUUUAUGAAAGUGGGACAGAUUGUCUUGUCUGUCCUCCUAAUUGUUCUAGUUGUCUGGAUUAAGAUCGAUGUACCUAAUGUAAGAAUAGUACUUUUGAUCAUGAUAAAAUAAAUGGAUAAUGCUUAUGCAGUCUACUAAAUUUUAGUGAUAAGUCAAAUUGUUCAUGUUUACAUGGGUAUUAUCUUAACAGUAUAAAUAAAAAGUGUUUACGUAAUUUAAAUCACUUAAUUUAUAUAGCAUGUCAUUAUAAUUGCCGCACUUGCGUGUAUUCUGGCACUAAUUGUAUAACAUGUAAUGAUAAUCAUGCCUAUCCACCAAAUUGUGAAUGUUCUCCUGGAUUUUAUUUAUAAGAUACCAUAUGCUUGCCAUGUACUAAUAAUUGUUUUAAAUGCAAAUCUUAAUCAGAAUGUUUGGACUGUUCUAAUUAAAUGCAAUUGAUCAAUAAUAAAUGCUAUUGUUAAAACGGGUAUUUCAAUAUACUUAAUUCCUAUGAAUGCUAACCUUGUGCUAGUCAAUGUUAAAAUUGUAGAUACUCAAAAGAUAAUUGCACAUCUUGUAAAUUCAAUAGAAUUUCUCCUUACAAAUGCAUAUGUCCUGAUGGAACUUACGAAGUUGAUGUGUCCACUCCAUGUAAUCAAUGCGAUAAUAAAUGUAAGCUUUGUGAGGUGACUUCGACUAAUUGUUUGGAAUGCUCUCUUAAUAGAAUAAAUCCUCCGAAUUGCAAUUGUAAAAUUGGAUAUUUUGAAAAUGAUUAAUAAACCUGUCAAUAAUGUAAUAGCAGAUGCAAAUCAUGUUAAAAUACUUCUGAUACAUGUAUUGAAUGUAAAAUGAGUAUUACUACUCUUCCAUCUUGCACUUGUCCAGAUGGUUAUUUUUCUGAAUCAGAAUAAGGUUGUGUUUAAUGUCAUCCAAGAUGCAAAACUUGUAUUGGAUCUAAUGAAUAUAAUUGUACUUCUUGUGAUGAAUCUAAAAACUUCGAAUUACUCUAUAACAAAUGUGUUUGCAAGUAAAAUUAUUAUUUUCAAAAUGAUGUCUGCCUUUAUUGUUCUAUUGAAAUUGAACUUUGUUAAACUGUUUCAUGUGGAAAUGGUAUAAUUCAGAGGAAUGAAUAAUGUGAUGAUUGGAAUAACAAUGAUAGAGACGGUUGCUCUAAUAGUUGUAAAUAUGAAGAAGGGUAUUUCUGUGAGCCCAUUGCGAAUACUAAGAUUCAUAUUUCAAUUUUGGUGAGUAAAUGUACUAAAUGUGUUGAAUCUUGCAAGAUCUGCGAUAGAAAUAAAUGCUUGAUCUGCUAAAGUGGCUACUUUAUGACUCCGACUUUUGACUGUUAAAAAUGCGAGUAAUUUCUUAUAUCUAAUAAUUUCAUAGUCUACAUUGCAAAGAGUGUUCUGGACCAUAAUAAAAGGAUUGCUUAUCUUGCAUCAAAGGAGUUGAUUAUGGAUUAGGGUAGAAGUGUGCUUUUUGUGAAGAAGUUUAAGGGUUAUACACAAGUAAAGAUAACUGUGUUUCAAAGUGUGGAGAUGGAAUGAAAAAGAGUGAUGAACAAUGUGACGAUGGUAAUAGUAUCAGUAAAGAUGGAUGCUCAGAAAAAUGUAAAAUUGAAGAAGACUGGGAUUGCUCGUAAUAAAAUAAUACAUUAAGUUCCUGUUAUAAACUAAAUGUACCUAUUGCUUCCCUUUCUAUUGAUAGGGCUAAAGAUUUCUAUUAAUCUCAAAGGUAAGGAUCUAUUUUAUUUAAUAAACCUAUGGCAAUACCAAAUACAUCGAUUAUAAACACUUGGUAAUACAGUAUACUCAACUAAACAUCAACUUAUUACACUAUUAAUUUGACGGCCGUUUUGAACAUAGAUGGAUAUUUGGAAGAAGUUAAAAUUGAUUUACUACUACUUUAAUCUAUGUCAUAAAUUGUAUUUCAAGUAGACUACACUGCUUUCAUCAUUAAGGAUGCUAUAGAUUCAUAUCCAUUAAAAACCACUAAUUCCUCUGUAGAAUUGACUAAAUACAUUAAACUUGGGCAAGAUACUUUAAGCACAUCAAAGGCAUCCAAAUAAUUUGCUUCUUCUGUGCUAUAUGUAUUAGGAGGUGUUUCAAUUAUAGGAUUGCUAAUUGGAAGCUUAGAAUUUUAUUGGAAUGUCCUUGAUAACUUAUAGAUUCUAUCAUAUAUAACUUUUAUUAAUGUUAAUUUUCCUUAUAUGCACAACAAAUUUUUAGAAAUAUUUGAAUUUGCAAGAUUCGAGUUUACAAAUGACUAUUUUAAUUUUGAUCUCAUAAAAAAUUUAGAUUACUAAUAAAAUAAAGAUUAUCCUUUGAUCAUUGAAAGACAAGUUGAAUACAAUUUGGUUGUCAAUUUAAGUUCGAUUGCAGUGCUGUGGGUUACUCCAAUUCUCUUGUUUUUGGUGGCUAAGAUAAAUUUAUUUAUCAUUCACGAGGUCUUGAUUAAUAAGUUUAAAAUUAUUUAGCUGACUCCUUUGGAAUAACUUAAUAGUUUGACGUAUUUAUUUUAUAAGUUGGUAUACUUUAUUCAUUUUAUGAGCUUUACCUAUCAUUCCAACUUCUUUUACGGCAUUAUUCUAAGAAUCUACUUAUCUAGUCUUUAUGACUUAAAUUUUUCAAUAUUCACAUCAGCUUAUUGUUGGCUUUAGAAUUAGAAUCCCAAUUUAGUAGAUUAAAUAUCAUUUGCUGUUGCAAUGCUUCUACUUUUGAUUCAAAUUGUAAUUUUAUUUAUAUUAUCUUCCUCAUUGAAAUUAUCUAAUUAUCAGUUGAAGUCCAAAUAAUUUAUUUCUUAAUAUAGUUCUUUAUAUGAAGGAGUUAAUUUUAACAAUUAAAUAAUUAGGUAAAUUUAGUUUUUACAACCAUUAAGAAAACUAAUGUUCAUAGGAGCCUUAAUUUUAUUUUAUGAUUAAGCUGUAUGUUAAAUAUCAUUCCUAAUUUCAAUUUAGAUAUUAUCUUCAAUUGUUCAAAUAUCCUUUAAUCCUUAUUCAAACUUUUUGUAAUCAAUAAAAGUAAUCACUUAAGAAGUCGGAUUAAGCAUGUCCUUAACCUUGAUUUUAUUCUACUACGCUCAAGAUAAAUUUGUUAUAGCGGAGCAGGAUAUUAUUGAAAAGUUGUCAUAUGUUCAUGUUGGCAUUUAUACAUUGAUGCUUUGUGUAAGUCUUGUAAUUGACUUAUAUCAAUAAAUCAAGAUCAUAUUUGUUAAAUAUAAAAUGUCAAGGAUUUGUGAUAAGAAGCCUUAAAUAGAAAAAGUUGAAAAAUAAUAAAAUAAUGAAAACUAAGAAUAAUAAGAAAAAUAAGAACAAGCUUAACAAUUUAAUCUAUUUAUUGAUUUAACUUAGUUUUAUCAGGCUUAAAAAAAUUAAUAUAGCUUUAGAAAUUUAAGAAUUAAUUGA